ACAAUGUUGAUCCACUCAAAUCACAAGAGAAGACCAAGCAAGAAGAGAAGACCAAGCAAGAAGAGAAGACCAAGCAUGAUGAGACAAAGAAACAGUGCGAGCCUCCAUUCAAAGCCUCACUGGUUGAUGUGCUCAUCAGUGUUGGUUUCAGAACGACAGAAGAGCUACGAAGCUUGGCAUCAUUGAAGGCUUGGUCGGCGCUUGAUUCCACGGGCGACAUCACGCAACUACUUGGAGCUGCCUUAGGGGUAUUCAAAAGCCUCAUGGCUGAUGAGGGAGAUGCCAAACGUACGCCAGGAUCUGUGAUCCCAAGUGGAGAUAAAGACCCUGCUGAACUGUGCCGGCGUAUUUGAAUCCAAACUGAUACUUGCAAUUGGGCUCGGCCGAGGCCACCGAUGUGCUUUCUGAAUUUGUUGUCGGCAUCGUGGUUAAAGCAGCGUAUUGCUCCACAUCACACCAUUGGCCUGAUGACAGACCCUGUGGCAAUGAAUCGAGAGAUGGGCUUUCCAUUACGGGCGAGGAGGCCUGCGACAGCGGCUGAGGUUGCUCUGGGCUUGGUGUCUCAAGCGUGGGUGUUGCUUGUCCCUCAGACGCAAUUGUCUUGGCGACCUUGGUAUUCCUCUUGGCGCCUCCGGCUUUGCGUUUGUCAUCGCUGUCGUUGCUUUGGGCUUGCAAGAAGGAGUUUGUUCUGUGUCAGCUACAAUCGACAGUCGGUUGACUUCUAACAUGAGUGUGCGCGGUGUUUUGCGAUUCGUGACCAUUAAGUCUGCGAGACACCAAUCAGAGUCUGUUGAGUCAGGAUUCAUGAUUCAUCGUGUGCAUUCAUAGGGUCCAUCAAGUCCUGUCCAAAGUCUACGAAAGCUUCGCUAGAGUCUGACGAGUCUUAGACCGAGUCUAACGAGCCUUGUAACAAAGUCGAUUGACUCUCAACUCAAGUCUGUCGACUUUGGUCACAUAGUUGAUCGACUCCUGCUCAAAGUCUGACGAGUCUUCUUGCAAAGUCGAUCGACUCUACAAUCAAAUAUAUCGAUUCUUGAUCAAAGUCUGACGAGUUUUCUGACGAAGUCCUCGACCCUACGGGUAAUUUCCACGGGUGGUAAACCGAUGAUGAGCGGAAGACUGACGCCGUGUGAUAAACGGACGACAAACGGUAGAUUAUGGCGCUGGUGACAAACAGGCGAUGAAUGACGCGUAGUAAUCCGGUGAUUUA